UCAAAUUCCUACAUCAAAUUAAAAAAAAAAAACAAUCAAUAAUCUGCUCGUUCUAUUUGAAAACAUUUCGUUAUGAUACCGGCACGCUGUCUCACUACCUGUGAUGAUGAAGAGGAAGAAGAUAACUCUAGGGUAGCCCUAAUACUUGGCGGCGAUCAAAGACCUCCUUGUUCAGCCAAGUCUCUACUUCUGGCUCCAAAGAUUAAGCUGAGCAGCGGCUACGAAAUGCCCGUUUUGGGGUUUGGCACUUAUAAGCUGGAGGGCUAUCAAUGUUUGACGGCAGUUCACUGUGCUGUGGAGACUGGGUACCGUCACUUUGAUACUGCGUUUUGUUACGGGAACGAAAAAGAGGUUGGGGAGGCAAUUCGAACACAAAUACAAAUGGGAAAUGUCUCAAGAGAAAAUAUCUUCCUCACUACAAAACUUUGGAAUACGCAUCAUGAUCCACGUGAUGUAAGACGCAUUUGUGAAAAACAACUAGAAACUCUCGGAUUGGACUACAUCGACUUAUAUCUUAUGCACUUUCCUGUGGCUUACAAGCAUUUGUGCGAUGAGAUCCUUGAGCCCAUGGCAAAUGACGACAUUCAAACCACCGAUCUUGAUUACAUCGACACUUGGCAUGCAAUGGAAGAUCUCGUUAGAUUGGGCCUAGUAAGAAGCAUUGGGGUUUCCAAUUUUAAUAUGGAGCAGAUGCAGCGAAUCAUACAGUGCAGCUCUUCCAAGCCGGUAGUUAAUCAAGUGGAGAUCUGGCCGGGGCUUGUGCAGAAGGAUCUCGUUGAUUACUGUCGCUAUAACGGUAUUAUUGUAACAGCCUUCUCACCUUUGGGUCAACCCGACCGUGAAGAGCAUAAGCCUAUCUAUUUUUUCUCGGAGGGGAUGAGGCGAUUAAUGAAAAAAUACGAACGUACUGCCGCACAAAUAGUUCUUCGUUACUUGAUUGAUUAUGGUGUCGUACCCAUACCGAAGGCGGCGAAUCCUGUUCACAUUAGGCAAAAUUUGAAUAUAUUUGAUUUUGUGCUUAACGAAACUGACACUCGUGCACUUAAAGGUAUUAAGCAAAAGGAGCGCAUUGUAAAAUUUGACCUAGUAAAGGAUCAUCCCUUCUAUCCCUUUGUGCGCGAUGAGGAGCCAGAAGAAUCGCAGCCUAAAUCAAAGCCUAAGAGGCGGGCUCCAAAGCCAAAACAGAAGUCAGCGCAGCCAACAGACGAUCAAAAGGUUGAGCAGAAGGGUCCAGAAACGGAGCCCGAUGCUCCUCCUGCACAACCAGUUGAAGGUGGAGAACCGGUCGCUGAAGGCGAAGAGGAAGAAUAAGAAGAUCAUUGGUACCAACUGGUGUGUGGAACUAUUUGUACAAUCUCAAAAUCUAAUAAAAUUGUUGUGUCGAAA